UGACAUAAAAUACACUUUACACAUCUUAAAAAAUGAAACAAAAACAUUUGGAUUUCAUAAUACAAUCAAGUUAUCAUCAGGGAUUGCCUUGAACUUUUUUUUUAAAUAAAAUGUUGGAUUUUUUCCAAAUAAAGUGGGACUUUGAGGCUCUGGCUUGGUUUUGUUUGCAGAGCCCUGUAACAGAAGAUACUAUUAAUUUGGGAAAUCAAGUAUGUUUUCUCAGAAAAAAAAGUAUUGGGUUUAUUUUAAAUUCACUGUUUGGCAGCAUUUAGAUGAAAGAGUAAUGCAAAAAAACAAAAAAAGUUGAAACAACUGAAACAAAAAAAAUGAGACAGGCAAAUACAGUGGAAGCAAAACACUAAAUCAAAAAAGAAAAUAAACAGGUUAAGAGACAAAGUAAAAAAAAAAGUAAUAAACAUUUAGCCUAAUUGUGUAUUGUUGCUUAUACUUGCAUGAAGCUGUUUUAGUUUUACUUAUUUAUUUAGCCUGAAAAUGUGAUGGGGAUCUGUCAAAGUUGACCUCCUUUGACCAAAGCGCCGCAGCAGAGAGCCAGCAGCUCCAAGAUCUCCCAAGUACAACCGAAGAAGAAGAACGCGUCGCCACGGAAACGGAUGUGUCGUAAAGCGAAGACGCAAAAGUUUGAAUCAACUCGAGCGGCGAAAUCUGUGCUGAUGUCACAAUGAACAAACACGAAGAUUCACCGGAAAGACUGGACACCGAGUUUGACCACAUCCUGCUGGACAUGAAGCCCUACGUCCUGAAACACCCCAUCAAAACAGAACGCCAGCGUUGCGCAGUGUGGAUCAAGAAACUGUGCGAUCCAGCAUCAUGUGGCUCAGGUCUGACAGGCCUGAAAAACCGCAACUUGUAUGCCCGCCUGCUUCUUCAUAUGCUCAAAAGAGGGGUUUUGGAGGGUCCAUUUACCAGCAAACCUGGACCUGGAACCCUCAAGACUGUCCCUGCCUACAUGUCCAUCUACUUUGGUGAACCACUGACUGGUCAGUCUGUGGAGAGGAUCAACAGAGGGCUUCCUGACUGGGUGACAGGAGAACUGGGGGCCUCUGCAGAUGACAGUUUGGUUAUGGAUCUACUUAAGGACAAGUACAGCUCAACACCCAUUAAAAGUCAUCACAGGAGAAGGUUUUAUGAAGAGAUGAACCUUUCUCGACCCAUGUCUCCCAGUCUACCCUUAGCGGGACCCAGACAGGAUGUCAGAAUGAUGGAGGCUCUAAAGACAGAUGAAUCUCCUGAAGACAGCGACCUGGAGGCUCCUCUCAACAGUUGGAACAUGGGGACUGACGUGAAGAUCAAAGUGCUGGAGGCUAAGCACCAGGAGGAGAAGCUGAAGCUGCAGCAGAGACACGAUGCAGACAUCGAGAAGAUUCUGGACCGCAAACACGUUGAGAUCGAAGAGAUGAAGAGUCUGUACCAGGCUAAACAGAAAGAAUCACAGGAGUUGAUCCGAAAGCUGGAGAGAAAAGUUCAAAGCGUGCUGCGCGAAUCCCAGGUCAUCUGCGAGAGCAAAGAUAAGCAGAUAGAGGAGCUGAAGAAGAUGUCGGAUCAGAGCUCAGACUCUUUAAGAAAUGAGUGGGAGAAGAAGCUGCAUGCUGCUGUGUCAGAGGUAGAGCAGGAGAAGUUUCUAUUGCAGAAGAAACACACUGAAAGUAUUCAGGAGCUGCUUGAUGACACCAACGCCAGACUUGCUAAGAUGGAGAAAGAGUACAAUGCUCGGUCCCAAACCACUGAGCAAAUAGUGCUUCAGCUGGAGCUGCGAGUGAAGCAGCAGUCGGUGGAGGUGGAGAAAUGCAACGCUCUGCGCCAGAAAGUAGCAAAGGAGAAGGCCCAGUUGGAGAUCCACGUGGCGUCUCUCAGCGCUGAGCUUCAGGAAGCUAACAGAAGGAUUGUAACACUUCAGACGGAGAAGGAGCAACAGAGUGAGCAGCACGAUGAAUUCAUUCUACAGCUUCAAGCCAAACAUGAGACUGAUAUAAGCCACUUGCAUCAGGAGCAUGAUCUGUCUGCUGCCAAGUCUGCUGAGGUGAUAGAAGACUUUGAGAAGAUUGUGGCUCAGAUGAAACUUCAGCUCCAAGACAUUGAAUGUCGAAGACACCAACAAGUCAGGGAUCAAGAAAUGAAGUUUCAGCAGGAGAAAGAUGAACUGCAGGUCAACUGUGAGAAAAAGGUAUCUGUGAUUCAGACGGAGGCAGAGAAGGAGAAAAUGGAGGCCAACAGGAAGAUAGCCAAACUAGAGGAAUCACUGAGGGAGAUGGAGAGCCAGCUGGACAGAGCAAGAGAAAGCCAGAGGCAGCAGAUCCAGCAGGCAGAUAGAGCAAUGGAGCAGUUCAAGAAACAGGUGGAGCUCAGCUCUGAGAAGGUCUACGCUGAGAUGAAACUCCAGAUGAAGACGGUGGAAGAAGACCUGGUUCGUUCCAAGUCGUUGAGAGAGAACCAGGCCAAAGAGUUUUCUCAACAACUCGACGCCCUCAGAGAGAAAUAUGAGCAGCAGAUGGCUGAGCAGCGCUCGCAGCACGAGCAAGAGAGAACGCGGCUACAACAACAGCACAAAGCGGAAAAGGACACCAUGGUCCAGGAGCACCAGCGGGAGGUGAGCGGCGUGGAAAGGCAGGCCAGGGCCGCCCUGCAACAACACCAACAGCACUCGCAGGAAUGGAGGAAGCGCGAUGCCCAGACAAUCUCAGAGUUGGAGGCCCAGGUGACAAGUCUACGUGAGGAACUCCAGGAGGUCCACAGCAACCAUAAGCAGCAGCUGACUGAGCUGGCAUCACUCCAUGAAGAAGAAAGACAAAGAGCCAUGUUGGACAAGGAGACGUCGCUGGACCAGCUCCGCUCCGACAUGGAGCGCAUUCGCAGUGACCUUGAGAGAAGUCACCAGCAAGAGAAGAACGCCACUGUUGAGAAGACCAACAGCAGGAUGAAGCAGAUUGAGAAGGAGUACAGUCAGAAGCUCACCAAGUCUGCCCAGCUUAUUGCAGAGCUGCAGAAGUCCGUGUGCAACUCAAAGGAGGAGACGCUUCGUACAAAGCAGGCAAUGGAGAAGCAGCUGAAGGAGGCCAACGCUCGCUGGGACGAAGAGAGAAGAAGAAUUACCCAUCAUGCCGAUCAUACCAACAAGAUGCUUCAGGAAAAGUUGGAAAGUCUCCAGAGGCAGCUGCACAGCACAGAGAAGAAGCUGCUCAGCAAAGAGCUGGAGACUGAGGAGAAGGUGACCAUGGUGCAUCAGGAGUACGAGGAGAAGAUCAAAGGUUUGAUGCCUGCAGAAGUCAGACAGGAACUUGAGGACACCAUCACCUCUUUGAAAGCUCAGGACAGUUUCUGCAAAGCAACAGGAGUUCAUUAGAAAUUGACAUGAAAUUGAGUUCUAGGCUCGGAGUAAGCCCACCCCACCUUCCCAUCAUCCAGCUGUUAGCAUGCUCUCCCGCUAGCUUACAGCUCCUCACUACCUCCACCUGACAUUACCGGUGCAACAGAAAUGGCGAGCAACAAUGGAGCUAUCCAGCUGUACAGUUUUGAGCCAGCUGUCAGCCUGUGGCUCUAUAUUUUUUCCAACAGCAUUUUUUUAAUCUGCUCCUGAUUCACAACCAAUUAAAUAAAGAAAUACUCAGAAACAUAAUUUUAAGCUUUUUUUUUUUCUAAAUGUGACCCAUCAUCAGAAACAUACUAUGAGGAUUGUUUCAGGUUCCCUUACAAGCAAAUCUAAACCAUCAUUUUAAGACAGACACGUUUGUAUUUGCAGUUCAGAUAAAAAUGCAUGGUAAAAACAAAAACAAAAAAA